CUCGUUUUCCCCUCGCUCGACGCGACCGCCGCCGAAUCGUAAUUUUGUAUUCCCGCUGCCUUUUUUGUCGCUGUUUAUUUUUAUUUUUUUAUCACGCCGCCCAGAGAAACGUCAGCGACGGCUUCGCCGCCCGUCUCCCUUUCGGCGCGUCGAAAACGCUACGUGACUUUUACCCGAAGCGUCGACGCACUUUGAAAAAUUGUCUCGAUCUCGUCACGCGGGGAGGGAAGGAAGUCCGAGGCGAGCGCACGGUCGCCAGCUGAUAAGACGCUGACGUCGUCAACACCUUGAUCGCGGCUCUGGAGAGUUACCGCGGGCUUUGUUUGAGUCCGUUUGUGUAUUUGUUCAGAGGGCUGAAUGCAAACACUGUAUUGUCAGGGGCUGAUCGCUUUAAAUCGGUUGAUUAUUUUAGUUCUCCUUGAUGCUUUUACCCAAAAACAACAGCCGAUUGUAAGUCCCAUCGCCAGCGCGUUGUGUUCUCGACACAACUUGUCCUCCCUUCCAAGUUUUUGUUUUGGAAUUUCUCCCUCAACACAAGUUUAAUCCCAGGCGCACACUUUGCUGAACAAGCCGUCUGCCGGAGCCCUCUGUGUGUUUUGUGUGCGCCAUUUCUCCCAUUUUCCUGCUCCACUCUCACCCCUCUCCCAUCAACCACCCACAGGCUUCACAAGAGACCUUAUGAGGAUCAUUUGACUGGGAUGAUAUUGCUGCUUGAGGCUUUAUUAUUUUUUUUUUACUGUGCGGGGGGAAAACAAGCUAUUUGUUUCCCAGUUCACAGUCACAGUGAAGAAUCUGCUCCGGGGGGCUCCCUGAUUCAGUUAUUAGAAUCUGUUCUGGGCACCAGACGUCAGGGGACCAUGCGAGUACACGUGCACACCAAGUUCUGUUUCCUGUGCGUGCUCGCCUUGCUCUUCCAUCAGUGCAACCGCUGCCAUGGAGACGGGCAGGGCGGACAUCCCCACACCGACCACACCCACAGCGACCUGCAGAUUUUAGAGGCCCCGUACGCGAGAGGAACCACUCUGUCCCCGGACGCCAAAAGUCCCAAAGGGCCGACUCUCGAGGAGGAGCAGCGCUUCUACAUCCAGCAGCUGUUCCGGCGCUACGGCCAGAAAGACCGGCUGGACUUCCAGGGCUUUCAGAGCAUGCUGUUCAGCUUGGGUCUGGGGGAAGUGAAGCUCCUGGACGGGGACCACGAGCAGCUGGGCCACGACCACGUGAGCCACCUGGACCUGGUGGACAUGAAGGAGGGCCGCUCGCACGAGGCGGACGGCCAUGGGCACGGUCGCGGGCACGGCCACGCGCCGCGCAAGCCCGGCGUCCGCCGUCCGCACGCGGAACAAGUUCCCACGAGUUGCACCCAGCGCACCGCCGGCGCCGGCCCGGCGGAACGAAAGCGCGACGGCGAACGCGGUCACGAUCGCACCAAGGUCGAGGACGGCGACCAGAGGAAUUCUGAUGGACAUGUGCAGGACACUCACGAUCACGACAAAGAGCACACGCACGGGCAGGUGGAGGUGACCUCAGACCAAAAGGAUCACGGCGGUCACGAUCACGGCGGUCACGAUCACAGUUCUCACGAUCACAGCGGUCACGAUCACGGCGGUCACGAUCACAGUUCUCACGAUCACAGCGGUCACGAUCACGGCGGUCACGAUCACGGCGGUCACGAUCACAGCGGUCACGAUCACAGUUCUCACGAUCACGGCGGUCACGAUCACGGCGGUCACGAUCACGAUCACGGCGGUCACGAUCACAGUUCUCACGAUCACAGCGGUCACGAUCACGGCGGUCACGAUCACAGUUCUCACGAUCACAGCAGUCACGAUCACGGCGCCCACGAUAACGCCGGUCACGAUCACAGUUCUCACGAUCACGGCGCCCACGAUCACGGCGGUCACGAUCACGGCGCCCACGAUAACGCCGGUCACGAUCACAGUUCUCACGAUCACGCCGCCCACGAUCACGGCGGUCACGAUCACGGCGCCCAAGAUCACGCCGCCCACGAUCACGCCGGUCAUGAUCACGCCGCCCACGAUCACGGCGGUCACGAUCACGCCCACGGCGAUGACCACAACCACGUCCCCGAGUCGCAGACGGUCACAGACAUUGCCGCCUCCCCCCGGCCGUCGCCCGGCCAUCAGGCGGCUCUGGCCUCUCCCUCCACCACGGAGAGCCGGCCCGAGACGCCGGGAAAGCCCGCCAGAGGAAAGCGAGGGCGGAGCAGAACCCCUUCGCCUCUCGCGCCGGCGUCUCGUAAAGCCAAGAGAGAAGCGACCGGGGGGCUUGCCGACCCCCCCACCGCGCCGGUCCCCGUCCUGUCUGGCCACCUCGGGUUGUCUCAUCAGCACGAGGAGUGUUUGAACCUGACUCAGCUCCUCGCUUACUACGGCCUGACCCCCAACUCGCUCAUCUCCCCCAGCCAGUUCACCUACCUGUGUCCCGCCCUGCUCUACCAGAUAGAUAGUCGCGUCUGCAUCCGCCAUUAUGAGAUGGACGUGCAGCAGGAAGCCAUGGAGACGGGCAGUUCCGGCUGGGUGUGGCUGUGGGGCUUCGUGUCCAUCUCCAUCAUCAGCCUGCUGUCUCUGCUGGGCGUGGUCCUCGUGCCCAUCCUCAAGCAGUCCUACUUCAAGUUCCUGCUCACCUUCCUGGUGGCGCUGGCGGUGGGCACGCUCACCGGCGACGCCCUCCUCCAUCUGCUGCCUCACUCUCAAGAGCCGCACGACCACGGCGCGCACGGGGCGACCGAGGAAGUGGAUCUGAUCACAAAGUUCGACGGGGUGUGGAAGGGCCUGACGGCGCUGACCGGCAUCUACUUCCUCUUCAUCAUCGAACACUGCAUCGGCAUGUUCAAGCACUACAGAGACCACCGGGGCAGGAAGAAGGCCAACGAGGAGGGCAAGAUCGGCAGGAAGUUGUCCGACCACAAGCUGAACCGGCGCUCGGAUGCGGAGUGGCUGCACCUGAAGCCGCUCGGCGAAGACGCCGACGGCACCGCCGUCUCCUGCGACAACGGUCACAACGACACGCAGCUCUCGGAGCUGCGGCCGCCCGACUCGCCCACCAACAAGACGCCGCUGGCGCCGCCGCGCGGCGAGGAGACCGGGGGCGAGGCCAAGCAUCACGGCCACGCCCACAGCGAGAACUGCCAUUCCGACCAGGAGAUGAAGGACGCCGGCAUCGCCAGCAUCGCCUGGAUGGUCAUCAUGGGCGACGGCAUGCAUAACUUCAGCGACGGCCUGGCGAUAGGCGCGGCCUUCAGCGCAAACCUGACGGGGGGCAUCAGCACGUCGGUGGCGGUCUUCUGCCACGAAUUGCCUCACGAACUCGGCGACUUUGCGGUGCUGCUGAAGGCCGGGAUGUCGGUGAAGCAGGCCAUCUACUACAACAUGCUGUCCGCCCUCAUGGCGUACUUCGGCAUGGCCAUCGGCACCGCCGUGGGCCAGUACACGCACAACCUCACCAGCUGGAUCUUUGCCAUCACGGCCGGCAUGUUCCUCUACGUGGCUCUGGUGGACAUGCUGCCAGAGAUGCUCCACGGCGACAGUGAGGAGCACAAGCGCUGCCAGCUGGGACACUUUGUUCUGCAGAACAUGGGCAUGCUGACCGGGUUCGCCAUCAUGCUGCUCAUCGCCAUCUUCGAGGACCGCAUCAUUAUCAACUUUGGCUUUUAG